AUGCCCAUCACAACUCGGCGUACGCUAGAGCCUUCGGCUGCCAUCGAUGAGUCGUAUCGAUAUCAGCCACUUAACACCGAUCGGCCUGCUUUCCGAUUACUGCGUUUGCGCAAAGGCUACUGGACACCCAUCGAGUGCGACAUUCUCCACGAAUCCCUUGACCAGCCCACACAGCCCUACGAAGCUCUAUCAUACACUUGGGGAAACCCGGACCGGAACCAAAGAAUCAGCGUCAAUGGCAGCACUUUGGCUAUCACAUCGAGUCUGCUAUGGACCCUCAUACACCUACGGUACAAGGAUGAAGAUCGCAUUCUGUGGAUUGACGGCAUCUGUAUCGAUCAGACCAACCUGGUGGAGCGUGGACAUCAAGUCCAACAGAUGGGGGACAUUUAUCGAAGUGCCGAACGGGUCAUCUUCUGGCUGGGUCGAGCCACCGACCAGAUCGCCAUACUCAUGCACUCAAUCCAGUUAUUCGAAGAAGAGAGCAACAGCCAUGAGUGUAGCGACUGGAAACUGAAUGACCCUCGCUGGGCGACUUUAUGGGAAAAGGUACAGUCCAAGCUGCAGGUCCGAUAUCAGGAGCUGCUCUGGACGCAAGAGCGAGGGCUCAAAACUUUCAAACGCACGUUCGGGCCUGAUUUGCUGCGGUACAAGUACUGUCUCGUCGCGUCUUUUCGCACUCAUGCCUCGACUUCUCGAUAUCCCGACUGA